CUUUCGAGUGCUCAGGAAGUGCGUGUGAUUUGUGUGAUCGACGUGUGACUACCGGAAGCAAAACAGUGUAGCGAUGCGCGAACAAUUGCUGUGUUGUCCAUCGCGGUACUCUCAAGAUGCCGACUAAUGUUUUGUUUUGUCAAGCUAUUUGUAGUUUUGUGCGUUUCGUGACUAGUGUGGCGUAAGUUUUCCCGAGCAUCAACACAGCGCAAAAAAGCGAUCAGUGUGCCUACACGUCACCAAAAUUCCUCCCAAAAACAUUGCUCAGUCUGAGGCCGCAAAAGAAGGGAGGGUUUCCCGUCGUAUUCAAGAGAGGAACGGUGGAGAGUUUAACCAUUCCCGUCACUCGGUCAAUACGGCGUAUCCGGUAAUAGUCCCGGCGUGGCAGACAUAGCAAUAAUAUGGCCAUGCUACUGAAGCGUCCGAUUGGAACGCUAGUCAGCGGACUAAGCAACGCAGCCAGCGGCAUCACCAGCAGUCGUGUGCCACUACUCAGUAACGGAUACACGUCAAACGGAACCCCCGGUGGUCCCUCCCCCGCAGCCAACACAACCAGCACAAUGCGCCAAACGCUGGCGAUUAGUUCGCUGUGCAUUCUAUGGUACAUGGUGUCGAGCAGCAAUAAUGUGAUCGGCAAGAUGAUAUUGAGCGAGUUUCCCUACCCGAUGACAGUAACGAUGAUACAACUUACCAGCAUUACCGUCUACAGUGGACCGUUCUUCAAUUUAUGGGGCGUCCGCAAGUAUGUCGACAUCUCGUGGCGCUACUAUCUGAAGUUUAUUGUGCCGCUGGCGCUAGGCAAGUUCUUGGCCUCAGUGACCUCGCACAUCUCCAUCUGGAAGGUGCCCAUUUCAUACGCCCACACCGUGAAGGCAACAAUGCCACUCUUCACUGUGAUCCUGACGCGCAUCAUUAUGCGUGAGCGACAAACGCACGCUGUCUACUUGUCGUUGGUCCCGAUCAUCGUCGGUGUUGGCAUCGCUACACUAACGGAACUGUCGUUCGAUGUGAUCGGGUUAAUCAGUGCACUCGUCGCAACAAUGGGAUUUUCGCUGCAGAACAUCUUUUCUAAGAAGGUGCUGAAAGAGACGGGCGUCCACCAUCUUAGGCUGUUGCACAUUCUUGGACGAUUGGCUCUCUUUAUGUUUCUGCCCGUUUGGUGUUAUGUCGACCUACGGAACGUUAUGAAGCAUCCGGCCAUUACGACGGGUGACUAUCGUGUGAUCGCGCUUUUGUUCACAGACGGCGUACUCAACUGGCUGCAGAACAUACUGGCAUUCAGCUUCUUAUCGUUGGUAACGCCGCUGACAUAUGCAGUAGCGAGCGCCAGCAAACGAAUCUUCGUCAUUGCCAUCUCGCUGUUCGUGCUGGGCAAUCCGGUCACUUGGGUGAACAUGUUUGGCAUGUUGGUGGCAAUCUUAGGCGUUUUGUGCUACAACCGGGCCAAAUAUUUCGCACGUCGCCAGGACACCCUCCUGCCUUACGCUUCAUCAAAUACCGUUCGCUAUAAGCCGUUGGCUACAAAGGGCGGUCCAGGUGCCUCUUCUGUUCCUGCUUCCCAGAGCAUCCUGCUAGCAAAUGGGGGGCUUACCACAGACGGGACACUUAUGCCGAUGACAAACAACACUGCAUAUCACGCUACCGCAACGCUUCCAGCGACAAUGACUAUGGCAACCGGGGCGAGUGAUUUGACGGUGCCAACAGCUGCUGCGUCAUCUACUGGCAGUGCCAACGGAAAACUGAUGUUAGUGUAGGUUUGCGUAAAUGGUGCUCAAUCGGACAACGACCGAAUGUCGAAUGAUGUCGAAUAUAUAUAUUUAUUUUCGGCCGUUUGCUACAUUUGGCACGCUAGUGUGUUCGUUUCCCGUCAUUGUACAUAAAGUGCAGCCCAUUGUUUUGCAGGGGUUUUCGCAUGUCCUGAAACGAUCGAAAAGCAAACAUAGGCUGUCGUGAUAGGUAGUUAUUAAGAGUAGGAAAGGGUAUUUGUGUGAAGCGGAAGAAACAUUAUUCACUUUGUAUUAUUUAAACGAAUUGUUAAUAGUCAAUUUUGUGUUGUUCAUUUUCUUAAAUGCAUUCCCACUUAUCCUUCCUAUUUCCAGUUGUUAGCAGUAUUGUUAUUUUUUCCAUUUCCCUGUUCUUGUGUUCCUAGUUCAUUUCUCAUGUAGUUUAUUUAUGACGGAAAAUGUAAGGUUAAUGCAAAUGCGAUAUUGCAGUCGAGAAGUUCCUAUCCGCUUUGAACACUCUUUCAUGGUAUUCUGCAUGGUCCUUCCUCUCCUGUUGUAGAUGCCGAAAGUUUUGUUGAAUGUGUCACACCAUAUCACAUUAAUUUACAAUAUACCCGUGCUCACAUUCAAACCGACAGUUCGUGUAACGACCUCUCUAGCAUCUCUCUGAUCCUACAGACGCUCAUCCUCAACACAGGUCGCAUUUAUGAAAUAAUAAUAAUAGUAAUAACGACACAUACAAUUUUUUAUCCAUUCCUUCUACAAUUGAGACAUAGGUUAUCCAAGGAUUGGAUCGAAAGAAACUGACGAAGAGCAUUACCCUUUUACUUGCCUUACAUUGAGUUGCUUAGCAAAAAGGUUCUCCGGAAUGUUGCGACUGGGGUGCCAGGUGUUUAAAACAUCCGCGCCCGCACCAAAUAAAUAACUAAGUUUAAGACCGAUUAUACAAUCAGCAGUGUUCGGUAUACUGUGUAGAGUGUUCUGUAUUUCGGGAAAGAACAAAAUAGGUCACUAGAAUCUGUGAAGGAAGAUGUAGGCCAUGGGUUCUCGGUGAUCGUAGUUGCCGGAAACGUAAGUAUUAAAAAGAUAAUUUUUUAAAAGCAGACUGUUGCCAUUUUUUAUUAACAUAUACACAGUAAUGUGGUUCUUCUACUAAGGUCGUUAACGUAGGUGUAUGGUGU